UCUUUCCUAUCACCAUGUCAAAACGACCAGGAUCACCGCCAGGAGGGGCCCUAAUUAAGAGGGCUCGCUCUUCUGCAGAGCCAGAGGAGCAGCAGAUGAUCAUUUCACAAUCGAAUGACGAGCGAAACCAGGCUCUCAUUCGUACGGUCAAACGGACGAGUAGCCUUGAGGCUCCAAUUAUUUCUCUCUCGGGCUCACAUUCAGCCGAAAUAUUGAGCUGUAGAUUCGAUCCUUCCGGUCAAAAUAUCGCAGCUUGUUCUGCCGACCGGGGCAUUUCUCUUUGGCGCACAUACCCACCAAACACAAACUACGGUCUUCUCAACACAAUCCACAAAGCUCCCACCCUCGACCUACAAUGGUCCCUCUUCUCGCCCCUCCUCUAUUCCGUCUCCGCAGACCACACUCUCGCAUACACAGACCUCGCCACGGGCACUCGCGUCCGUCGUCUUCGUGCCCAUCGUGAAGUCAUCAACUCGCUUGACCGAACACUUGCUGGUGGCGCUGGCGUUGAACUCGUCGCCACCGGGAGUGACGACGGAACGGUGAGGGUCUGGGAGGGAGGCGACGAGGGUGGAAAAGAGCCAGUCGCCAUCUUCGAAGUCGGAUGUCCAGUGACGGGGGUGUGCUGGAGUGCGGACGGCGCGAACAUCUACGCUUCUGCGCUGGAUAACGACAUCCACGUCCUCGACCUGCGCAAGCAAGAGCAAGUCUCGGUUCUGACGGGCCACACCGACACGCCUACCUCCGUGUCGCUUUCACCAUCCGGAACACAUCUGCUUUCGCCGUCUUUCUCGAGUCAAACGAUUAUCCAUGACGUGAGGCCGUUCUCGACAGCCCCAAAUAGGAUACAUAGGGUUUUGAGUGGCGCACCGGCAGGCUUUGAGAACACGUUGUUGAAGGGGGCUUGGAGUAAGGAGGACGGAGGAAGGAGAGUCGCGGUGGGUGGUGCGGAUAGGACGGUGACGAUUUGGGAUGUGGAGAGUAGCAAAGUGCAGUACAAGCUUCCCGGACACAAGGGAACAGUCACCGCGGUUGACUUCCAUCCAAAAGAGCCCAUCAUUCUCACUGCGAGUAAAGACGGGACGAUGCUGCUCGGCGAAAUCGAACCCAGUGUUAUCUGAUCACUUGUACCAUUCUUCUUCACCUGUGACUUCGACUAUGCUUAUUCUGGACUGGCUCAAAGUUCUUGUCUACUUGUUCUCAAUUUGUCGUAUGCCCUGCUACUGGAACCAUUAGCUCGGAUUCAGAAAUGUGAUUGGCAUACAGAGC